AUGAACUCGUCUUGGGAGAAAUGCGCGACUGAAUAUGAUCCCGAUCCAGACAUUGCGGGGAUUGGUGUCGUCACCGCUUUUAUUACUGCCUCAUGCUUGGCUAUUCUCAGUAUAAGCUUGUAUCUUGCCAUUGCCAGAUCUGGGUUGAAUAUCAUUGAGGCUGGAAAUGUGAGACCACCACCUCGACUUGGCUUCGUAGAAUCCGUCAAUCCAAUUGAUGAUUGGGUGCGAAGAAAUGUCUCUGAUCCCUUUGUUAAGCUUCUUGUCACAUCAAGGUGGAUCAGAGCGCAUAUUAACCAGCUGAAACGCGGUCUCUACUCGUUUGUGAUAACCCUCGCUGAUACACAACUCGUCACUGGCAUGGCGAUAUUGUGCACUGCCAUCAUCCAGUUACGCAGAGAAGAGAUAUCGGUCUAUCAUUUUAUGACGGCGACUAACCUUGCAUGGCUCACAAGUGGUGUACAUAUACUGACGCUUUACGCCAUACGCGUUGAAACGAAUGGAGGAUUGAGCAACAAGCCUGUUCACCAAACAGAAGACAGGUCUUUUCUCAAAAAGGCUCAGUUACAUUCUCGCUUGGGGACAGACAUGCUAUGUCGAAUUUUCGCUAUGCUUAUUCUAGCGGCGUUGUUAUUAUACUGCACCUUCAUUACCGGGGCUGGAGGAUGGGAUAAUUACGACGAACGGAAAGCGAGUUGUGCGAUCAGCAUGAGAAAGUCAGGAAGUCCUCUCUCUUGGAUGAUCGCGAGCUAUGUCCUGCUCAUCCAAGGGUAUACCAUCCAGUGUUUGUCGCUGUGGCCCGCAGUCUCGAUAUGGUGGAUGAACAGGAUCAAGAUUUUCCGUUCCGAUGAUAGAGUCUUGGGAGCACCAAAUAAUGGACAGAAACGACGCUGGUGGCGGUUGAUACUUAUGCCCUUGUAUUAUGUAUUUAACUCAGAAGCAUUGGGCGUUCUUCUCUUUGAUGGAGUGUUGUGGUUUGGUCUCGGGGUUUGGUGGAUUCAGGCAGAGAGAAUUUAUGUACUUAGUGCGUGGGAGGGGAUGGAAUCAGAGAGCGACAUUGAAGGAGUUAGUCAGCUGCUGUGCCUCCUGAUACUGGUGCUUCCAUUUCUCCAGGCAUUGCGCACGUAUCACGUCAGGAUUGAGAGUCUGGGCAUAAACUCUGGACCGGUCUUUUACGGAGAUUCACAUCCAAAACGGACCUUCGUUGACUAA